UGACCUAGAGUCCAAACAAUUCACCCACCAUUCACGCUCGCCCACCGCAGCCCGCAAACAACAAUGUCGCUCACCACCCUGACGCUCGAACACAUUCCCGCCGCGCAUGCGGUGCACAUCGCGAUGUACCACAACGUCGGCAACGCCGCGUUCCUUCGCGACCAGCUGCUCGCCGGCAACACCGGCUUCGAGUACGCAUUUAUCGAUGCGGGUGCCAUGGUGUCGACGACGCACGUGUUAGCUGCUGCGCACCAGGCAGUCCAUAAGCUCCUCGUCACGGGAAAGCUAAGGACGAAGAACGUUCACUCCGAGAUCGUGUUUUGUCUGAGUCCAAAUAAUAACAUCACGGAGUCCUUCCGCCGCUUUGGAAUAUCCCCAACGACCACGUCGCUAGUCUGCGUCAAGAUCUCGAGCGAGGAGAAGCCCAUAUCCGCGGAGGAGGUUGAGCGGCACCUGAACAAGGUGGUGGAGGGGACACCGGCGGAGUUUACGGAUGCGGUGAUUGCACAGGGUACGGAUUGGGCACGCGUGGGAAAGUGCUACAAGAUUCCUACGGCGGGGAUAAAGGGGGUGACGGAAGACAUGGAGUUGCAGAUACUGGGGAAGCUCGUGAUGAGAGCUGUUGGAUAGACAUGCGGGAAAACAAAACCAAAAUCAAUUUUAUGGGACAUAGCAGUACACA